CCCUAGCGCCCAAACUUAUAUAAAGCCCCCUCUUCCUACUCACUCUUCGUCCUCAGUCUUUUGAAGUGAGUUGUAACUUUGAUUCAAAAUUAAAGCCGCCAUAGAAUAAACUCUUACCUUGUUCAACCAUGGAAGCUGUAACUUUGCUCUCCAAAUGCACCAUCUUCCCUUCACAAAAAUCUUCUCUCUCUGACCUUAAACUCUCUGUUUCCGACCUUCCUAUGCUUUCCACUCACUACAUUCAGAAAGGUGGUCUCUUCGCUCGUCCUCCUUUCUCCAUCACCGACCUCCUUUCCCUCCUCAAACGCAGCCUUUCUCGAACUCUUACCCAAUUUCCUCCCCUGGCCGGUCGCCUUGUCACUGACUCUGACGGCUACGUUUACAUUUCUUGCAAUGAUGCUGGCGCUGAUUUCAUCCACGCUGCCGCUACUCACAUUUUUGUCCGUGACGUCAUUGGUUCAAUUGACGUUCCUGACCAUGUCAAGGAGUUCUUCACUUUUGACAGAACUGUGAGCUAUCAAGGCCAUUUCAAUCCUCUUCUUGCUGUCCAAGUUACGGAGUUAGCCGACGGUGUCUUUAUUGGCUGCUCCGUCAACCACGCCGUUAUCGAUGGAACGUCGUUAUGGAACUUCUUCAAUACAUUCGCUGAUGUCACUAGGGGUGUGAAAGGGAUUACGAGGCAACCGGACUUUAGCCGUGAUUCUGUUUUAAUAUCUCCGGCGGUGCUUAAAAUUCCGGCUGGUGGUCCCAAGGUUACCUUCUCUUUGGACGCACCCUUGAGGGAAAGGAUAUUUAGUUUCAGCAGGGAAUCUAUUCUAAGGCUGAAAGAUAAGACCAACAACAAUCACAAAUGGAAUUUGGACGGAGAAAUUGACAUCGUUGAGUUGAUGGGGAAACAGAGUAACGAUCCCUUCAAAAUGUCUGACGGCAAAGUAACGACGUUAACUUGGUUGAGGAAUGCGGUUAGGAAAACAGAAACAGAAGGUAUAACUGAAAAUCAAACGGCUGAGAUCUCAUCAUUUCAAUCACUUUGCGCAUUUCUUUGGCGUGCGGUGACACGUGCGAGGAAAUUUCAUGCUUCCAAAAUGACGACAUUUCGGAUGGCCGUUAAUUGCCGGCAUAGACUCCAGCCAAAGCUCCAUCCAUUAUAUUUCGGCAACGCUAUUCAAAGCAUUCCGACUUACGUGUCGGCCGGUGACGUUUUAUCUCACGAUUUACGGUGGUGCGCGGAGCAGUUGAACGAGAACGUGAAGGUGCACGAUAACGAUAUGGUGAGGAAGUACGUAGAGGAUUGGGAGAGUGACCCACGGUGUUUCCCACUGGGGAAUUUCGACGGAGCUAUGCUCACAAUGGGGAGCUCUCCAAGAUUUCCAAUGUACGACAAUGAUUUCGGGUGGGGCAGACCCAUCGCUGUCCGGAGCGGGCGGGCCAAUAAAUUUGACGGCAAGAUAUCAGCAUUUCCAGGAAGAAAAGGGGGCGGCAGCGUGGAUUUGGAGGUGGUGUUGGCACCGGAAACAAUGGCUGGAUUAGAGUCCGACCCGGAAUUCAUGCAAUUUGUUACUGGGUAUUAAAUGCUGAAAUUGGGAUGGGCAUAGACGGUGGGGUGUUUUUGUUGUACUACUACUACUACAUGUUAAAGAAGUGGUUUCCGGUUAAUGAACUAAUGUCAAGAAUACUCUAGGGAGCAAAGUGGUACGUAAAUACAUGAGACUGCGCAUAGGGCAUCACAGGGAUAAUAUUACACAUUCAAACCUUUCAAAAGUAUGUCAACAACAUAUCACUUUAGAUGGCAUGUUCUUCACAUCAAACAGGGGUAUAAAUGCUGAAAAUUUCAUUUCAAAAGUUUUAUAAAGAAUCCACGUAUCUAAUUUUUAAUU